AUGAUUGAUAUUUCUGUUCCUCUUUUCAACGGAAUUGAUCCAUAUGAAGGCGAUCCUGCAUUUGAACAAAGCUUGGUAUAUAGUGUUGAUAAAGGAGAUAUCGCAAAUGUGAGUAAAUUAGUUUUAUCCGCUCAUACCGGAACACAUGUUGAUGCUCCAUAUCAUUAUUUUAAUGAUGGUAAACCAAUUGAUCAAGUAGAUCUUAAAAAGUUUAUGGGACCUUGCCAUGUUAUUGAAAUCCCUGAUAAUGAAUUAGAAAAUAAUUUAGUAACCAAAAAAUCGCUUCCAAAAUCUUUUAAGUAUCCAAGAGUUCUCCUUAAAACAAAGAAUUCAAACCAUCCAGCUGUUUUUGACAGAAACUUUGUUGGAAUAAAUUUAGAAUGUGCAAAGUACUUAGUUGAAAAUAAAAUAGAACUAAUUGGAAUCGAUGGAUUUUCUAUUGAAGACUUUACAGGUGAUGGAUCUGUUCAUAAAGAAUUAUUAUCACAUGAAAUUGCAGUAUUGGAAAUUAUUGACUUGUCACAUGUUAACCCUGGUGACUAUAAUUUAAUUUGUCUCCCUUUAAGAAUCAAAUCAUGUGAUGCUUCACCAGCAAGAGCAAUACUUCAGCCACUUUAA